AUGAACCCGCUAUUCGUCGAGAUUCAUGGUACCAUCCCCACUAUCGAAGGAGAUCUUCGAGUAAUCAUAGAAAAACAUGCCAGGCUGGAGGAGAUUCAGCGUGAAAAUCCCAGAGCCCAGACUCAAAGACCUCAUCGAACCAACUCGGUGGAGCAAGCCAGCGGAUCCAAAAGGGACGGUUCUGGCGAACGACCUAGCGAGGAUAGAAAAGAAAAAAGAGAUGAUCGUCGACGUGAGGAUCGGAAAUUCGAAGACCAGGUCUACACGAAGCUAAACGCUAGCUACUCUCGCAUCCUAAGGGAGAUCAAAGGACGGGAAAAUCUUGAGUGGCCAUGGUCCAAAGGGAAACAACCCCCAAGGUCCGAGAAAUCUAAGGAAUACUGCGAAUACCAUUGCUUCAAUGGCCACCAGACCGAGAAAUGCAAAAACCUCAAGAUAAUGAUCAAAAAGCUGAUCGACGCAGGAGAUCUCAAGCAGUACAUACAGAAAGUGGAUACCGAAAAUAGGACCAAACGAAGCAAGAAGGUUCAAUUUCCUGAAGGAAACCGAACCCUUAACACCAUCUCAUGCUCCGAAGCCGCAGGGCCUUCGCUAACAACGCAAAUAGGGAAAAGGUUAAGGAAGCAAUUUGAAGACUACUGUGAACUGUACAAAAUCGAUGGAGUGGAGGUAGACGAACACGAACAUUGGAUGUACGCACCUAUGACUUUCGACGCUGAAUACAUCGAAGAGGAUAUGGAAGAUCACAAUGAUCCUUUGGUCCUCACGUUACCAGUAGCAGGAUGCAAUAUCAAGAAGAUCCUCAUCGACGGAGGGAGCUUAGUUAAUGUUCUGUUUAAUGACACAUUCAUACGAAUGGAGAUUAACGACGAACAACUAAUGUCUUCGUACUACACCAUCUACGGGUUUAACGGGGCACCUACGAAGCCAUUAGGAUACAUCGUCUUGCAAGUAAACGCAGGACCCAUGAAAGUGGAUACAUGA